AUGUUGCGCACCAUCCUGUUAAUUGCACUCUCCUGCUCUGCCUACGUGCUGGGGAGCACACCCAGACCCAGGCAAAGGGUCUGCGGGUCGCAACCAAGCCAAGAAAGAAUCCAAAGGGCGGAGGCUCAUUUUGAUGGCCUUAGAAGCAACGUCAGCCUGAAUAAAGAGAGUUCUUUCACCGUCUCGGUGCACUGGCAUGUCGUCAGCCAGAAUUCCACGGUCCGUGGCGGGAACAUCCCCGAUUCUCAAAUUACGGACCAAAUAAAAGUCUUGAACGACGCGUACGCGUACUCGGGCUUUUCAUUUGAGCUUGCAGGUACCACACGCACGGUCAACGCUACAUGGUUUGGCAAGGCCGAACCGGAAAGUAUAUACCAAGAUGAAAUGAAGGCGGCCCUGCGAAAGGGGGGAGCCGCUGCUCUGAACAUCUACAGCGUCGGGUUUACUUCUGGUUACUACUACGGGCUUCUAGGAUACGCAACGUUCCCAUUUGAAUAUGGGGAUAAUCCAAAGGAUGACGGUGUUGUGAUCCAUUACGCCUCUGUUCCGGGGGGUAACUUGGAUACAUACAACCUCGGGAUGACCGCAACGCACGAAGUCGGUCACUGGUUUGGCCUCUACCACACCUUCGAAGGAGGUUGCGACGAACCUGGAGACUAUGUUGAUGAUACCCCCUCUGAGUCGUACGAAGCCUUCGGAUGCCCCAUUGGUCGUGACACUUGCGACGGCGAAGGCCUCGACCCUAUCCAUAACUACAUGGACUACACCGAUGAUGAGUGCAUGACCGAGUUCACCGAAGGGCAGGGUCAGCGCAUGAGAGAACAGUCCUGGACGUACCGGGGCGUCGAGGCCAGGGUAGCAUCACCGGUUUAA